AUGCAGCAAGAUCUCAAAAGGUUAAAUGCAUUGCGUAUUCCGAUGUAUGGUGGAUUCUCACCUGCACAAGGAACAAGUAGCAGCUUCGACUUGAACGAUGCAGGUAUUGUUAAGAACAAAGCAGACGCCGAUAACGAGGAGGUUCUUAACGAUCGGUUAGCUCGGUCACUAGAAGGGAUGCGGCUAUUUGGUAGUAGUACGCCUUUUGCUGGCUCGGGUGGGGCAGGAAUGGAGGUAGGCCUGUCCUCAUCGUCAAUAUCUGGUGACUUUUCGUCCGGCAUGAUAGGUGCGGUGCCUGUUGGAGGGACUGGUGGAAAGAAAAGAAAUGCACAAACUACAGGGGCCGUGGAAGAAGAUGCAGAUGUCCCAUCAUCAGGUGAGCAACCUUCCUUUGUCUCGAGAGUGCUUCGUAGGGCAAUAGGCUUACCUCCCGUAUCGGCUUCUACAUCGACAGAUGCUGCGGGCAAAAUUUGGCAGACGGAAGAAGAACAACAUGUGGGCUUAAGCAGAAGAGCCACUUCUGACAAGCAGAGAAACGACGAUUUCGUAGAACAAGUACUAGAGGAAACUCAGGCAGCACGUCGGCAACUGCGCAGUUUUCCCGUCAGUGACACGCGACGCGAGUGCACGUCCUUAGCCGAGGCGCAUCAGUCUUUGCUCUGUAUCCCCUUCCGAGAAGAGGACUACGAGAACUACUAUGGCUUAGUGGGUACUUUGUGUUUUGGAACUUGGUGCGUGUCUGCAGGUGCGAUUCUUCUCGCUAUACUCAUGGCUAACGCUCUGCAGUUCGUGUAUGAGAACGUGUAUCUGUAUUUGUCUGUGCUCGACGAAGGGUACGACAUUGCGGAAGCCUAUCGAAAAUGCUUUGCGCAGUUUUUCGUGAUUUUCACGCAUGUGAUCAUUUUCAUCUGCACCCUGGGACCGUUUCACCAGGCUGCGAGACUAAGGAAAAUUGAAGUUGUUUUGGUCACUUUUGCGGCAGCGUUUUUUCUUGACCAAGUAAAAAACGCGUUGAUCCAGCCGGUCAUUUGGUGGCUGGUGAUUCGAAGGUAUACAUAGCUGCUUCAUCUUACGAAGUAGAUAUUGUUGUUGCAUAAAUGAAAAUGAAUCUUUCCUGUUUUGACUCUAAGUAAUGGAUCAUUCAAGAGUCCACCAUCGCAAGCUGUGUGAUAAGCCAAGGGGUGUCCAACUACCAAGAUUGGCACAAUGAUCACCUCCCAGAUGCGGCCGCGUACAACCGGGUAUUCAAGAGUACAAUGAGGAAUAUCUACUGCAGUGGGAUUUGCAGGAGUCGCUUUUGGACGAGAUGCAACGCAGGACUCGCGAGUUUCUAGAAAAACGUCAAGUGUUGAUGUUUAUAAUUGGUCUGGUGGGGUUUUACGCGGUGUUUUUGAUGCUUUCGAUCGUGAUUUCCGAUUGUUGGAAGCCAGACGACGGCAGUGAACAGCCAGAGUGCUCCAGCAGUCUGUGUCCUGGGUUGAGCGAUGAGGGACGCAGAUCGCUCUAUUAUGCUUUUACCUACACCGAUUUCGUGAUCAUGCUGUUUUUCGUUUUGGAGAUUGUGCUGAAGUUUUUCGGUUAUGGGUCUGCGUUUAUCCUAGACCCGUGGAACGGGUUCGAUUCGGUCAUCGUAAUCGCCAGUUUCAUCUGCUGGUUCAUUUUCUUAGGCUCAGCUGUGGGCACGACCGGAUUGGGCCUGUUGCGCUUGUUGCGGCUGGUCCGCGUCAUGGUCAUGAUUUCGGACUCUCGGAGAAAGCUGAAAAAAGUCACGAAGUCACUGCAGACGCAAGACACAGCAAAAAGCCACGUAGAACGCGUUUUGGACCUCUUGGAGCGGUUACAGAACCUAAAGAUCCCUCUGCAAGUGCAACACGACCUGGAAUGGGUUGUGGAGGUGAUUUUGGAGGACAAGUUGCACAAAGUUUCGGUGGAUCACGAGCAAGAACAUGACCAAGACCAACCUUACGACUACCACUUCAGCGUCCUCAGCGUCAUCCCUGGCCCUUUUUCUACUUGAAAAAGCAGCAUCCAUAGCGUCAUCCCUGGCCCUUUUUCCACUUGAAAAAGGAGCUGCCAAGGAUAUGUCAUUCGGGGAAGAUGCUAACGCGGUAGCGCUAAUAACCAGGAAGAGCAGACAACACGGAUGGCGCCAUGACGGCAUGGAUCCAACAGUUGGGGGAUGGAAACAACAACUUGUCAGGCAAUGUGGCGACCGGAGAUGGAGCGACGGGGGAUGCAGGUGAGACUUCAUCCGUCGUUGAUGUAGUUACUCCAUUUAGGUAGUUCAUCGACCACGUAGAUUAGAAGUCACUUAUCCACGGGCAGAUUUGUAUUCCUUCAUUCUUUCGCAACCGAAUAACUAGGUGGCGGCAACGUCCGAGGCACGUAUGUGGCUCAGUCGCAGGUUCGUGGUAGCUUUGCUGGUAGGGGAAGCAUGGCUAAUCGAUCACGAGUACGCGGUUCAUAUACAAGGGCUGGUGGAGCUUCUUACACUGUAUGAUGCUACUGCUCAUCGAGAACGAGCAUAUGGGACGAAUGUCGUUCCUAAGUAAGAAGGGCCUAAAUGAGGGGAACGGCAUUGCCCUAUGGACAUUCUCAAUGAGUAGAAGCCUUCAUACACCCGAGUCGGUGGCAGCUAUACUCGAGGUGGGAGUGCGGGUGGUGCGGGCAUGGCCACUAAUGUCCGAAGCAUGAGUCGUGCGAGGAGGCCGAGUGAAGUGAACUCGAAACAUCAGGUAAUUACGAACAAGAUGACGGAAAAUAGUUUGUUGAGAAUAUAGAGUUCUCAUUCUUGUUGCACUAGUCAAGGAGGAUACGUCGGUUGACAUCUCCGACAUUCUUCAUCCAUUACGAACCGUUCAAAAUUGUCACCACUCCAACAAACCAUUUCAAUUCCAGGGCGGUCCCGCUUCCGCCGAAGACAUCAUUGCUCAGUUCCACACGCAGUUGUAUUUGCGUAGCAACCUCUCUGCUGGAGAGGAAGAACAGAUUGAGACGUCUUUGAGAUCUAUUUAAGGCUUUCCCUACUCCAUCUCCAAUUAUAGACGCCUCUGUCUUGGGGGGGCCACCUUUGUUCCCAUUUAAGGAGAAAUAUUAAGCUGUAGGACAUUUCUACUCAGGAUGGAUCAGGGUCGUGAGCUCUAAUCCUUGGAUGAGUGGCAUUGCGACAUGUGGAUGGCCGCAGAAGUCUGCGACGUAAACGCAAUUCCUGUCAUUUUCCUCAAGUUUUUCAUUUGCUACGACCUCAUUGGCAUUCUCAAUCUGGAUUUCGACCUGCUGUUCAACUUCUGCUCCUUUGCGCAGGAACGACACAGGCCACAAGUGCCGUUUCACGGUUUCGCACACGCGACGAGUAUGGUUAUGAAGGGAUUGGAAAUGCUCGAAGAACGCGAUCGGAUUCAGAGUCCUCAGCCUAAAAGAACGUCAAGAUAUCUUACAGCCUUCAUCAGCUGAACUUGUCCUAAAAUUUUCAUCUUGAUGAAACUGGAAGUUUCUCCAUCUCUAACACCACACAAGCAGUUCACUACUUCCUUCAGCAUGGACUGACACAGGGAACGGAUUAUUUCCUGACGCCGCUUCAUAAGUUCACGCUCUUCUUUGGCUGCAUGGUGAUGUAUCUCGAAUACCCAGGCCUCAGCAACGAGUUUUUAGUGUCUUUACGGAAGAACGAACUUUUCACUCAGAGAGGAAUCGUGUUAUUUUACUCCAGACACUGUUGACGCGAGCCGAACACCUAUCAUCGUGCAGAAGAUACCCACAGACAAGAAGAUACGUAAAAAAGCUCUUAAGAACAAUCUUCAUACCACAAUAGUCUUCGAUUCGCCUCCAUUUUCUAAUCUCCGUUCGCCAUCCACGUGCCAUCCGAUACAAUGAUAGAGCCGUAAACCAGAACUACGCCUUGGCUCUUUGCUUUGCAAAUCUGGCAGACCCAGAGCUGAACUUCCUCCUCCACGUGCCCAAAGAGACGCAAGAGCUCUUUCGCCGCUUACUCAUUGCAACAAUUCUUUUACGGAGCCAUGAUGUUGUAGAUUCUAUAUUUGGAAAGAUAUUAAGUAGGAUGAGGAAUAAAAUUAUGGAAUAAACUGUGAUGGCUGGAAUCUUGAGCUGCGAUUCGCCCUCGAACUCCAUGUCCCUCCACAUUGAGACAAAGUAGAGACCUCAUUGCAUCGUGACCGUCGUGAAUCAUUCAAUCCUUCUGUCCUCUACACCACUUUCACUCUAUAUAGAAGUACUGACUUUCAAAAGUCCUCGGUAUACCGCAUCGCUCCAUCCUUCUGCUUCCUUUCUAAGAAUCAAAACCGACCUGAGCCAGCACUUUCGAGAAGUGAGCUUGUUUAAAACCAAGCUGGCAGCAAGUUCCGAUGGCGGAUUUGGUGGCGCUGCAGGUGGAAAUAGCGCGGGGGGAAUUAGUGGUGCAUCAGGCGGAUCAAACAACACUCCUGCUCAGGGAAUUGCCUUCGAAGAUCUCGCUUUGCUGUUGUUAUGAUGAUGAGGGGUUUUGUUUGGUAUUGGUUUUUCUUCGAAUUCUCCAUCUCUUCAGUCACCGUGCUGACGAAUGAACUCGCCCAUAGCUGCAUAAGUAUCCUCUACAAGGACCACAAUGCUACUCACAUACGAGAUGAACAAAGCUCGUUCCCUACCCUCCCUCUCUAAUCCCCAGUAUGACACUGAGACUCCCCACUCUCUCUCUUGUUCUCCCAUUCUAAUCCUCAGUAUGACACUAAAACUCUCCACUCUCUCUCUCUCGUUCGUGAAAAAGAAUUCUUAAUAUUCACUCCGAAAGAACGAAGUAGAUGUAGAAGAAAGUUUUCUAAUCCCCAGUAUGACCCUGAAGCUGGCAGAUUAUAGCUGGUGUUGUCGGCCACUCCAGCAGAUGCUGAGAUGGAGCGAGAGGAUGCAUGAUGAAUUCUUCCUCCAAGGCGACGUGCAAAAGGAGUUCUUUCCGCAAGUGUCGUCUUUUUUUAUGCUUGUUCGUGUUUGAGAUUUGAAAUAUUUGAGACUACUGAAGUAAUCAGCUACAACUUGUUCUUCUGACUAACAUCUGCGACAGAGACUUCUUGAAACAAAUGUUUGAGACUACUUCCCUGUUCCUGGUUAUAAAUUAAUAAUAUGGAAACAACUCCUACGUAAUUAGUAAAAAGGGUUACUGCUACUUACUAAAGUGUGAUGAGCCAGAACUUGUUCUAUCUUCUAUCUCUCUCAACACCAGAAGGAGUCCUCUCAUCGUCUAAUACCUGCGAUAGGGACACAACCGAUACAAGCAAAGUCACGCUUGGUUUCAUCCUUGUCGUGGCGCAGCCCUUGGCCGUUGCGUAUAAGCAGCUGGUGCGGAACGACGCGGCUUUUCAAAAACACGUACUACAAGAAGGGCUUGAAGCAAACCGUGCAUACUUGCAAAGCUGGGUUUCAUAAAGAUUACAUGAUGAAAGACCUUCUUUUUUGAUAGUCUGUAGUGUGGUUUUUGAGUUUGGCCGAUAGAAAUAGAAUUUUGAAUGUUUGAUGAAUCCUUGACGGGUUGCAAACAGCAAGUGCUAGUGCUUUUUUAGAAGCAGUCCUCUUGUAGAAACAAGUGGAUUUUUUCGGUGGUCACUAUGAUGAAUAUUUUUUGUAAACAUUACAUUGAGAAGAUCUUCGUGACUUAGAUUUAUUGCAGUUUCGUUUCGUUGACGUUGCACAUCCAUUCUUGAUUGAGACAUCUCUUGAGUAAGUAGUUGGUUGAUGAGCCAGUGCUUAACUAAUGCAAUAGCAAUGUUGACAGUUAGAAUCUUGAAUCGAUCCUCCUAGUAGGAGGAGGAAAGAAAUGUUUCAAGGAACAAAAAGCUAGUCGUAGUUGAGGAAAGGCUUAUCAAGGAAGAAAUUGGAUAUCAAAAACUUUUUUAUGCAGUGAUCAAAUUUUUAUGCAGGUUGGCUCCAAAAU